AUGAAGUUGGAUAUUUCGUGCUUUAGUUUUUUAUCGAGAAAUGAGUAUAGGGUACUUACAGCGAUUGAGAUGGGUAUGAGAAACCAUGAGUAUUUAUGUGUUUCUUUAAUAUCAUCGAUAGCAAACUUAAGAAAGGAAGGUAUUGUUAGUGUUUUAAAGAAAUUAUUAAAAAACAAAUUGAUUAGUCAUCAGAAUAAGAAAUAUGAUGGAUAUAAAUUAACAUAUUUAGGAUAUGAUUUUUUAGCUUUAAGAACAUUUUUAAAAAGAGGUAUAUUAAAAAGUAUAGGUAAUCAAAUUGGUGUUGGUAAAGAAUCUGAUAUAUAUAUAUGUAAAGAUGUGGAUGACAAUUUAUUAUGUUUAAAGAUACAUAGAUUAGGACGUAUAUCUUUUCGAACGAUUAAAAAUAAUAGAGAUUAUUAUGGUAAAAAAUGUUUUAGAAAUUGGUUAUAUCUAUCAAGAAUAGCCGCAACAAAAGAAUAUGCAUAUCUUAAAGCUUUAUAUGAAAAUAAUUUCCCGGUACCUAAACCACAUGAUAUUAAUAGACAUAUGAUUAUUAUGUCUUAUAUUAAUGGGUAUCCCUUGUCACAUGUAAAAUUAAAUAAUCCUUAUAAAAUAAUUGAUACAUUAUUUAAUAUUCUUGUAAAAUUUGCGAAAUCGGAUAUUAUACAUGGAGACUAUAACGAGUUCAAUAUAUUAAUUGAUGAUGAUGAAAAUGUUACUAUUAUUGAUUUUCCUCAAAUUGUUUCUUUAAGACAUGUUAAUGCAAAAAUGUAUUUCGAAAGAGAUAUAAAUUGUGUUAUUAAUCACUUUUUUAAAAAAUAUAAAAUAAAAAUUGAAGAAUAUCCAUUAUAUGAAGAUGUUGUCUUAUUAAAUAAAGAUAAAUUAAAUAUUGAUGAAAACGACGUUACAAAGCAGGACGACCAUUUAUUACUUGAGGUUUUACAAAAUGAUAAAUUAAAUUAUAGUUCAGAUGCUACGAAUAAUAUAGACGAUGUAUCUGUUCAACACAUCGAUGCAUCUUUACAAAAAGAGGAAACUUCGGAAGCAUCUAUUGAGAGCACGCAUAUGUUUGAAUUACAUAUGGAUAAUGAAAAAAAACAUGAGAAGGAUUUUAUAACAAUGGAUAAGGAAAUCAUAAAUGAUACUUCUGAUAGUAGAGGAGAUCAUAUAUAUACUGUGUAUGAUAAACUUGGUUAUAAAAAUAAGGAAGAUACAAAGAGUAAUAAGGAAGUUUUUGAAAAAAGGGAAGAUACGAAGAAGGAUAAUAUCAUUUUUGAGACAGAAAAUAUUUGUGAACAUAUUAUAAUGGAUAAGAAUUAUGAAGAAGAAAAAAAACAAAAAAAAAAACAAGAAUGUAUUAAAAAGAUGGAAAGUGUUCAUAAAAUAGAGAGUGAUGAUGAAGAUUAUAGUAAUAAUAAUAAUAUUUGUGAUGAGAUACAUGAUGAUAAUAAUAACACAUCAUAUGACGAAAUAGGAAGUGAUAAUUCGAGUGAAAUGAAGAAUAAUCAUGACACAGAUUUUUCGAGUACUUCAUCAAAUGAAAAUUCGUCAGAACAUGAAACCAAAAAAUUGUCAGACACGUGGAAACCGCAUUUAAGAAAAUAUACCAAGGAGUAUGUAAAAAAUAAGUUAAAGUAUAUGUAUAGAAAAAAAAAAAGUAAGGAAAAAUAUAAAGAAAAUCUAAAAACAAAAAAUAAAAAAAAAGUUAUGGAGAAAAUUAAAAAUUACUUAUAA